CCAAAAAAGUACCAUCUGAAACAUUCCUCGGUGGAGAGCUUGAUGGUUGAGACUGCGCUGGAAAGUUUUGAUUUCCUCAAUGCUGACUGCAGUGCAGAUGAGCUGUCGUCCUUGGGGAGCGUAAGGACCCGCAGUGUCAGCACCAGCACCUACAAUGAUGGCACAUUUCAUUCCCUGGGCUAUGUUACUAAAGCAGAAAAUGAAGAGUUAACCACAGGCAGCGAUGACCUAGACACACUUCUACACGUUCACCUGCAGUUCUGCGAAGCUCUUCUACAGCAAUUUGAAUUAGUUUCUGUCUACAAGGGAAAUCCCAGCUUACUUUGUGUUUACCAACAGCCAAAAAAGUACCAUCUGAAACAUUCCUCGGUGGAGAGCUUGAUGGUUGAGACUGCGCUGGAAAGUUUUGAUUUCCUCAAUGCUGACUGCAGUGCAGAUGAGCUGUCGUCCUUGGGGAGCGUAAGGACCCGCAGUGUCAGCACCUACAAUGAUGGCACAUUUCAUUCCCUGGGCUAUGUUACUAAAGCAGAAAAUGAAGAGUUAACCACAGGCAGCGAUGACCUAGACACACUUCUACACGUUCACCUGCAGUUCUGUGAAGCUCUUCUACAGAAACUCGUUGCACCAAACUUAGCUCCGAUUGUCCAGAAGAGCCUUUUGGAAGAGGUGUCACGACAGAAAUGUGUGCUGGAAAUCAUCUCCGCUCUGGUUGCUCCUGUGCCACGAAAUUUGACAUCUGUUGAAGAGAUUAUCCAGAAAGCUAAAAAGCAGAAGCAUUGCCUGAAGAUUUGGAGUGAGUGUACUGACCGGGGAAGCAUCUUGCUCUGCCCAGUGGAGAGAUUUUGGAACCCACUAAAAUACAUAUUGAUGUUUAGAACAAAGGAGAAGUAUCCGGGACACCUAGAUAAAGUGUUGCAGACAUUCCUGGAGCAGAUAGUCGGUGGUAGCCUGUUAUUUCCUCCAGAAAAUCUCCCACCUGAAUCUGUGACGUUAUUCCAGUUUUACAGCUACCUGGAGAAACACCGGGUGAGGGAUUUGGAGAAAUAUUUGGCCAGAUUCGCUAAAGAAGUGCUGUUAAUUGAGGACUUGAAGCAUCCUGGGAGGAUGAAGAAAAUAAAGAAACUGAAAGGGAAGCGACUGAGGCAGCUGGUGCCCCUGCCAGAGACCUUGCGGCUACUAGCUCUUCUGCAGCUGGAUGAAAACCAUCGCGUUGGCAAAGCAGCUGUAUCCUGCCUCUUGCGUGCAGCAGCCAAUAGGAGUUUCAGGGAAAAGGCACUUCUUUUUUACACGGAUGUCUUAAAUAACGAUGACACAAAACUACAGCAAGCUGCAUGCCUGGCCCUCAAAAACCUCAGAGGCAUUGAAAGUAUAGAACAAAUCGCCAGCCUGUGUCUUUCCGAGACGGAGGAAGUACGGAACACUGCCAGAGAAACGACUCUCUCGUUUGGUGAAAAAGGACGGCUGGCUUUUGAGAAAAUGGACAAAAUCUGUUGUGAGCUGAGGGAUACUAUGUACCAAGAAGCUGAAAUUGAAAUCACAGUAUUUUAAACAGUAACUUCCUUACCAUUAAGGCAAAUGGCACUUGCUUUUAUGUGAAACUGCUCCAGCAUACGGAAGAGACUGUAUCAGCUGUUAAACUGUCUCAGCUCAGCGUUUACUACCAGAAACAGAACGGAGUUUCAGGAUUUUACCACUGCUGGCAAGUGUCAAGAAGAAAAAAAAAUAUUGAUCACAUAAACAUAGACAAUUAAAUAGCCACAUGAUCCCCUUCUUCAGCUUAACCACAGAUGUUAAGUCUGCAGUAUGUCUGGCUUAAUAAUAUAAGCUGCCGUGUGCCCAGUUGGAGAAAAGUGGGAUAAGAGUAAUUUAAACAAUCUGCGAACAAUACACCGAAGUUCCGUAUGAGUUUCCCCCCCCCCCAGUGAUGAAAAGGAUAUUCAAGCAGCUUCUGUCGAGGCUGUGAGGUGUUUUCUUGCAAAUUCUCUCAGCAGUAUCUGGUGCUCUAGCAGGAAAAUGUGUGCAGGGAAAACAAACUGGAGAUCCAUGUG